CCAGUGCACACGACGACGACACACGUCGCUUUACAGUAAAUUAUACGCCUCCCCUUGAUUGACGAUGUCUAUUACCCACAUAACCUCACUUUAUCAACUCGAUGGGAUCUUGGCAAAGUCCUCAGAUAAACUUUCCGUCAUCGACUUCCACGCACAAUGGUGUGGCCCGUGCCAUAUGAUUGCGCCGAAAUUUGAAGCCUUGUCGAAGGAAUACAAGAAUGUCAACUUCCUGAAGUGCGAUGUCGAUGCUGCGAAAGAUGUUGCUAGUCGGUUCCGUGUAACUGCGAUGCCAACCUUCGUGUUUUUGAACGGAAGCACGAAAGUCGACCAAGUGAGAGGUGCAAAUCCAGGUGCGCUUCAAGAAACACUCCGUCGACAUGCGUCGGGCUCGUCAUCUGGAACCUUCACUGGCAAAGGCCAACGCUUGGGUGACGCAUCGUCGACAGCGUCGGCAAAUCCUGAGCCGCAAACCGAUACACCUGCUAUAUUCACGGUAUUUGCGCAACUGGACCCUAAAGUCAAAGUCCUGGUGUACCUUGUAGCUGGAUAUCUCCUGCUAUCGUAUUUGAGCUGAACUGCGUGCAAUUGCUACUAUCCGUACUAUAGCUGACAUUUCCUGGCAUGGGCGCCCCGACUGUACAAACACCAGCUUCUGUACACCAGUCGCACUGUACAUAUUUGAAUGGAUCUUGUUAGCAACGUCCUCUUGUAUGACAAUCAAGAGCGACUGGACGUCGUUAGUUUGUCAUUAUCAUAAUCUUCGACUCUGA